AAGCCAGUGAUGAAUAGCACUAACUGAAAAGAUAAAAGAUAAGAUAAUGCUCGUACUUUCGGUAUUUUAGUGAGUAGAUAAGAUUCGCUUCGACAUAGUGUUUAAGCCAGUCAAGGUGUAAAGUUGUGAUCAAGUGCGUGAAGUGGUUCCAGUCAAAAUGUCAAACACACAAAUAUUAUUUUGCCUGUUCCUUAUCGUGGUAGGAGCCAGUGCAGAAAGUUGUAUACAAUGCAGUUCAGAUGGAAAUCCAGUUUGUGCGAUGGCCCCUCAGAAUAUGAUGGCGAAAACCUGUUCAGUUUCGAAUUCAACAUGCUACACGAGGGUAGUUUCGGGUGUGACUGUUCGAGGUUGCACCGCAAGUUUAAAUUCAACUAUCAUCGAAGCUUGCUACAUGAAUGGAACCUGCCGAACUUGCAAUCGAACCGCUUGCAAUAACGAAAUCUUCCCUGCGAGCCGACCGACAUGCUAUCAAUGCGACAGUUCAAUGAGUCCCAACUGCACUCAAAGCUCUUUCGCGAUACCAUCGCCUUGUCCAUUUUACAAGGAGGAUGAUCGCUGCUUCAUCUACAAGUCAACUAAAAGGAACUCGUUCGUGCGAGGGUGUCUUUCAUCGACUGCAAACCUUUGCCGGAAUAUAUCGCAGUGCUAUGUAUGCAAUGGUCACGGAUGCAACGAUCUCCCUGGUAACAACACGUUGAUCCCCAACGCUAGUGAUUCCGCGUGGCGUAUGCUUGGGGUGUCACUUUCACUUCUGUUGAUUGGCAUCCUUCUCUCGAAUAUUGCCUAAUACUGUUUUGGGAUGCACACUCAGAGUACCGGAGAAGUCAAAUUGUCACUUUUUCUUUUAAAUGAAAAUUUAUGUCCCUACUUAGCAUUAACAGUUUUAACGUAUUCCUUGAAAAGAUUUCGAAAAAAAUCAUGACACACUCGAAGUGUCCAGAAGAAGACUUAGUCAUUAAAGUUUUGAAUAAAUAUAUUUUUGAGAGUUAA